CAAUAUAAUUGCAAGAGUUUUUAUGUUCUGAUCUUGAUCUAUGAUCUGGCUGAAGUGAGGACUUCCAUCUCGUGGUGUUGUUGUUGAGUGGCUUUGUGCAGGAUUAUCCAUUCAAAUCUGCCUCAGGUGAAAGCUGUAAUGAAGCCCAUAGUUUUAGCGCAAAUAUUAGAUGUAAGCCUAUUUUACAAGCUUUCGAUAUUAAAUUAGGAAACACAAAUGAUUAAUGACUAGAAAGCCAAGUUUUCAGGGGCUUUAAGAACUAGACUCAAAUGCCAUUAUGGAUUUAUCACUUUUCCUUUCUUUGUUACUGUCUCCCUUUCAUUGUUGUAGAUGAAAAUACAAUGACGUGCUGAUUAAUAAGUUGCUCAUGGUUGUUUAAAACACUAAUCCACCAGUUAGUGUUGAUACUCUUUAAGACUCUAACAUUGACUGAGAAAUGCGAGUAGGCUACAGGUUAUCAUGUUUACUGUAUGUUGCUAAAAUAACAUUUUAAAAUGUUGUUAUUCUCAUAGAUUUAUUUGAUGUUUUUUGAUUUACUGCAAGGCUGGCCCUAAAUAUUCACUAUCGUGUUUUCUGUUAUAUUAGUAUUCAAAUCUCAAUAAGGAAUUCAAAGCUCUGUGUGUUUUAGUAUUACUAAUAUAAUUAUCUAAAAAGUAGUUUCCCCUACAAAGGGCCUAUACUUUGCAACUCAAUACAAAAAUUAUAAUGAUAAUGAAUUACAAUGCAUAAUGAUGAUGUCAUCCUCUCAUUUCCGCUCACACAAAUGCACCAUUCUGAAUUAAUUUUACUUUUCUUUAAAUUUGACAAUACAUCUAAAAAUGUCAGAUAUGUUAUAUUGCUUUACCUUCUUUGGGUCAAAGUGUUUCUGAUCUUUAGAGAGUUAUCCACAAACAGGUGUUAUAAAAGCAGGGUCCCCUUAAAAUCAGAUUUGUCUCAUAAGGUUAUUUGUUGUAGUCUAUAGUAUCUGUAAAUAUGUACUUAUAACUGAAGAAUAUUUAUCUUUUCUUGUUCUUUCUUUUCAGCUUUCAAGACAUGAACGCGUCAUCUGCCAAUGUGACCGUGGUUCUACAGGAUCGAGAGUCCUUCUCUAAAGCUGUGACCAAGAACGUGAUUGUUGUGGUUCUCGGGAUCUCCAUCAACUACAUCAAUAUCUUCUACACGAAUCCUCGGUAUAUCCUUUUCAUUCACCUGGUGGUCAACGACAUGAUCCAAGUGACGCUGACCAUCAUCCUGUUCAUCAUCAGCUACACCAUCUACAAAGUAAAUGUCACUGUCUGUUGCGUCUUCAUCCUGAUUGCUCUUUUCGCCACUGAGAACACCCCUCUGAACCUGGCCUGCAUGGCGGUGGAGUGUUACAUCGCCAUCUGCAUCCCCCUUCGCUACAUGCAGAUCUGCACCGUCAAGAGAACAUUAAUGCUGAUCGGUUUAAUCUGGGUGACUAGCAUGUUGUCUGUUCUUCCUGAUCUGUUCAUCACCUUGGCCACACAGCCACUGGACUUCUUUCAUUCACGAGUGUUCUGCAUCAGAAAAACUGUCUUCCCAAACCCCCUCAUCACCAAGAAGAGAGAUAUCACAUACUCAGUGUUUGUAGUUCUAGUUUGGAUCACUAUCUUUUACACUUACUUCAAGAUCCUGUUCACUGCUAAAUCAGCUAGCAAAGAUGGUAAAAAAGCCAGAAACACAAUCCUCCUCCAUGGUUUUCAGCUGCUGCUGUGCAUGGCAACAUAUGUAGCCCCCCAGUUAUUAGAUGUUGUGCAGAAAUGGUUCCCUAAGAAUUAUAUAGACUCCCUCUUUGCUUACUACAUUAUAGUACAGGUCCUGCCACGAUCCAUUAGCCCAAUCAUCUAUGGCAUACGAGACAAUACUUUCAGGAGGUACCUGAAAAGGCAUCUGUUGUGUAAAGUCAGCCCACAGUGAGCAUCAGUUCACGGAUUAUAAUACGGACGGCUUUCAAACAUGGAGUCAGUUCCAUCUGUUGAGUUAGAAACUACAUGUUUGGUCAAAAUGUUGUUACUGAGACUGAAUUUGUUCAUUUUUGUUUAGUUUAUGAAAUUAUGGCAAAGCAGUUGUUUAACUAUGGUGUGUUAAAUCUCAAUACUUCGUUGGUACCAACCAAAAUGUGUCUUGCACAGUAGAGUAUCAAAAAUAGUUAAGUAAAGAUACAGUAGGUGGCAUUGAAUGCUUGUUCGUAUUCUUAAUGAAAGACUUAAUGUACUUUAGUUCUCUUGUAUAUGUAUAAAUAAUACCUUCAGUUGACUUUUUACUGUAUCUUUGGUAUUUCUGAAUUAAUUCAUUAAAUUCAAUUUUUUAUAUAUUCUU